AUGCUCGCCAUCCACUCGGCGAUUGCCAGCCAGUACUGGCACUUCACCGUUACCGUGCAGUGUAGAGGGAUGAGUGGCACAUUCACCACUCUGGGUCACAAGACGCAGCUUCGCAACGAAGGCACAUUGGUGGCCGGCCGCCGCGAGUGGCAAGCAUAUAUGAUUGAAGUGUGCGACCAAGAGUUCUCUUGGUCCGAGGAGGGCACGUCGACUCUUCGUGUCACGCUCGCGGCUGUUGGGCCCCUGGGAAGCGACGUCUUGGCGUGCUAUGAGGUCCUGUAUGAUUGGCUGUCGGACGACACCGUUCAUUGA